ACAUGUCAAAGUCUUGAACUUUAAGGCACGGUAGUCGCUGCUGGAGGGUGGAGCAAGCAUCUCUCUCUUUUCUCCGUCCUCUGCCACUUUCUUGGACACUCUCUGCGGUUCUCCGAGGAUUGGGAGGAUUUGGCUUAAUCAGUUGCCUCGAAUUCCAUUCCCUUCCAACAGAUUCAAUUGUGAAGAGAUGACUGUGUUGGCCAACGGAUACGUUCAAGGUUGUCUUCCUGAUGAGCUCAAGAAGGUCUUGAAGUCGGUCGCUUCUGAAUUGGGAGACUCGAUCCAUGAUAUGGACACUUUGAAGGUGAUCCCCUUGAAGGGAGCUAUGACAAAUGAGGUUUACCAGAUAAAUUGGCCGACUACGGAGAAGGGGCUAGUCAGGAAGGUAUUGGUUCGGGUCUACGGCGAGGGCGUGGAGCUCUUCUUCAAUCGCGACGAUGAGAUUCGGACUUUCGAGUGCAUGUCUAAGCACGGCCAGGGUCCCCGCUUGCUGGGACGGUUUGCUGAGGGAAGAGUCGAGGAGUUCAUACACGCAAAGACACUCUCUGCUGCUGAUUUGCGUGAUCCCCACACUUCUGCUUUGAUAGCUGCUAAGCUACGAGAGUUUCAUGAUCUCGCUAUGCCUGGUCCUAGAAGGGUGCUGCUUUGGGACCGCAUCAGAAAUUUUCUCAGGGAGGCCAAGAGAUUAUGCUCGAGAAAAGACGCAGAAGAGUUCAAUUUAGAUGCUCUGGAGGCUGAAAUCGGUAUGCUUGAGGAGGAGCUCUCACGCGAUCCUCACCCUGUUGGAUUCUGCCACAAUGACUUGCAAUAUGGGAAUAUAAUGAUGGACGAGGAGACGAAGUUACUUACCAUAAUCGAUUAUGAGUAUGCUAGUUAUAAUCCCGUUGCAUAUGACCUAGCUAAUCACUUUUGUGAGAUGGCGGCAAAUUAUCAUACUGAGACGCCUCACGUUCUGGACUAUAGUCUGUAUCCAGAUGAGGAGGAACGCCGGAGAUUCGUGACAAUCUAUCUUAGCUCUGAAGGCAAAGAACCGGGCGAGGAUGAAGUUGAGCAGCUGGUCAGUGAUGCAGAGAAGUACACUCUCGCAAACCAUCUCUUCUGGGGCUUGUGGGGAAUAAUUUCGGGUUAUGUGAACAACAUCGAGUUCGACUAUAUGGAGUAUGCGAGGCAGAGAUUCCAGCAGUACCAGUUGAGAAAGCCCAUGCUCUCUGGUCCGGCUGUCAGUGUUUCUCAGGAUGAGACCUGAUGGACUUCUCGCAUGUAUUACUGAUUCGUACUCUGCUUUUACUAAGUGUGGCAAUAUAUACGGAGUGAUUCGGUGUAGAUAUAUAGUUGAAGAUGACAAUAUUGUUGAAGGAGCAAUGCAGUGCAAAAUUAGCUUCACUUGUACAUAUACAAGUCAUAGAUAAGGGAUGUAUUUGGCCUAUUUUCGCGUGAUAUUCCUACGAAGUUGUGACUAAUUAAACCUGUUUGUUGGCUAGACAUUUAAAGAGAAGACAAUAUAUACAUGUUUUCUGUUGGGGGUUAUUACUUAA